AUGUUUGCAUCUUCGAUAGCUGAAGUCACCAAAAAAAGAAUUCUUAUGUUUGUCCUUUGUUUUUUCCAAUAUGCAUUUUUGCAUUGCUGUAGGUCAACGUGGAGCUAUGUAUCAGGUAGAAUGGUAGGGGAAGACUAUUUCACAAAAGAAUACCUUGGCUACAUCAAUUUUUCUUUUCUUUUUUGUUAUGGGCUUGCGAUAUCGAUUUUAGGGCAAUUUGGAGAUAGAAUGAGUCUUAAAGUAUUUAUUUUAAUUGGAACAUAUACAUCAAGUUUUGUAUUCACUCUGAUUGGUGUAAUGAUCUACAUUGAAGCAAAGCAUAAUUAUGUAUUUCUGAUUUUACAAAUAAUUAAUGGGAUAGGUCAAUCGACUGCAUGGUGUGGAGUGCUUGCAAUUUUGAACAAUUGGUUUGUAACAGAUAAGAAAGUGAUACUAAUGGGGUAUUUUGCAGCCUGUCCAAAUAUCGGGAAUAUUCUUGGUGACGUAUAUUCUGGUAUUUUGAUAGGGAAAGAUAAUUUACCAUUAUAUGCACCUAUAUAUUUAGCUGGGUCGUCAUUAUUCAUAAUGAAUUUGAUCGACACAUUUUUGUUGGAAAAUGCUCCACCUGAGGAAACAAAAAGGCGGAUGAUUGAAGAAUAUGAAAAAGCAAAAGUAAGUUAGCAACCUUAACUUAUGAUAUCGAUGAUCGAAAAAAAAUAUGAGGAAAAUUUGGAUUAGUAUUUAGACUACACAAGAAAAAGCUCACAAGUCUAAAAGAAAUAUAGCAUGUCUUAAAUGGCUGUUUAAGAGAAAAAUGAUUUAAAUAACCAAUUAAAUUAUUUUAAUGCAUGGUUUGUUCCAAAUGUAGCACUAUAUGCGUUAGCUUUUGGAUGUGUAAAAGCAGUUUAUUAUAUUCUUGGAUUUUGGCUACCAAAUUAUUUGGACUCAAAAAAUGUCAAAGAUGUUGCCUGGAUUACAGCUAUGAUAGAUGUAGGUUCAAUCCCAGGAGGAAUUCUCAUUUGUUUGAUUGGAUACUAUUAUAACAAAAGAGCAGUGAUUACAGUACCUUCGUUGUGGAUAGGUACCAUAAUAAUGAUAUCGGUGAGUUAUAGUGGCUCAUUUAAACAUGAAAUAGCUGGAUACAUGUGCUUAAUAUUCCUUACAGGAUUAUUUAUUGGGGGAUGCUAUAAUAAUAUUUCGACUGCGAUGACAGUGGAACUCAGUAAUUAACCAGAAUUAAAAAAUAGUAAAUCUGCAACCUCAACUGUAGUUUCAGUUAUUAUGGGAUAUGCAGCUAUGUUUGCAGCCAUUAAUUAAUUGAUUGUUCCUUAUGUAGAAAAACGGUUGUUUCUUUAUUGUAGUGCAUUGUCCAUAAUUGGAGGUGUAUUUCUAACUCCAUUGAUUAUCAAUGAAGUUAAAAGAAAUAAAUAAAUGUCAUAACCACAAUGA